AUGGCCAACAAAAUGGAUAUGUCUUUGGAUGACAUCAUUAAGCUGAACCGGAGCAAGCAAGGCAGUCGCGGCAAAGGCCAGGGCUGGAGCAGUGCCUGCUGCCAGGGCCGCCACGGUGGUGCCAGGCGGGCCCCUGUGUGGGCGAAUCGACGCAGCUGGUCUCUGAAGAACCGGCCUACCAUGAGUGGUGGCUCUGCAGGAGGAGGCAGGGACCGGCCGGCUCCGUACAGCAGGCCUAUACAACUUCCCAACAAGGGGCAGCAUGACCGAUUCGACAGCCGCUUCUGUGUGUUUGGAACACUGAAGACAGCAGCUGUGCACUACGAUCGCUCCGGACGAAGUUUAGGGACAGCCCAAGUGCACUUUCGACAGAAGGCAGAUGCUCUGAAGGCUUUGAAACAGUACAAUGGUGUCCCUUUAGAUGGCCGCCCCAUGAACAUUCAGCUUGUGACAUCACAGACUGACUCACAAAGAAAACCCGCACAGAGAAUGAUCAGAGGUUCCAUGAGUAGAAACCAUGGCUCAUGGUGUUUUGGUGGCGGUCUCAUCCGGAGAGGGACCCGUGGAGGCAGCCCUGGAAGUGGUAGAAGAGGUUCGAGCAGGAACUCCAAGGAGCCUCUUUCUGCCGAGCAGUUGGAUGCACAGCUGGAUGAGUACAAUGCACAGAUGGACACCAGUUAA